GGCGGCGGCGGCUCCGGCUCCGGCUCUGGAGGCGGCUGUGCGGGCGCUUCAAGAACUUCAUAUAAACACAUGAGAGAAGAUGACAAGAUCUAGAUCAAGAUCACCACGAUGGAAGCAAAGGUCCUUAUCUCCAGCAUUUAGGAGUCCAGAGCACCACAGGCAAAGGCACGCUCAUGUUAAUUAUGACUGUGAAUAUAAAAGCUUUCGUAAGGACCUAAAGAAACCUAUGACUUGGAGAACAGAUGAUGAAAAAUAUGGACAAAGCAAUUCCAGGUUUGCACCUCAUGGAAAUAACCACCAGAGAAUGUAUGAACGUAGGUCACCUUCACCAAACCUGAAAAGAAUUCCCAUGGAAGAUGCUUACAGCCAUAAGCCCUACAGAACACAUUCAUCGGAAAGAACUGAAGGCAAUAGGAGAUGUCAGUUACCACCAAAAUACUCAGAAAUACCAUAUAAGGAGCACAGUCGGUCAUUUUACCAUUACAAAAUGGAAGAAAGAUACACGUUUGAACACUACAAAGUCACUGGAAAUGAAAAAGGAAUUAAACCUUUUCACAGACCGUUAGGGGCUUCAUGUAAAUUUGAAAGAAAAUGGCACGAAGAUGACUUGAGGCACCAGAGAUUACAUGAAGAGAAGUAUGGUCAGUCACCCAGAAGAGUUUCUGAUGAAUUUACGUCAAGGAGCUCUUUACAGAAGAGGUAUCCUGAAGAUCACGAUUACAGAGAAUAUGGGCACACGUCUAAAAGGGCUAAAGAAAUGGAGAGGUAUGACGGUGGAGAAGUAGCAAGAAAUUCCAAGUGGAAGCAAGAGCGUUCUUUUUCACCCUACCAAGAAAAGGAGGAGCAAAGAAAUCUGGGUGCCCAGUCUCACCGGUCGACUGAAAGGGAGUACUCGGAGGGAUCUGUCACAAAGAUAGCCUAUGAAUACAAUCACAAACGGCGCAGGCACCUGGAUGGGGAAAAGCCUUUCACAGAUGAUAGAGCUCAGAAGUAUGCGAAGCAGGAAGAUCAGAAAUACGGAUCUUCUAAGGGUGCCUGGAAUAGCAAAAAGUUAGAUUACUUUAGUGGUGGAAGAGCGAGACAGACUGAAGAAGGGCAUGUUGAAGUCCCUCCUAAAUAUAGUUCAAAGAAGGGCUGCAAUGCUUGCGUUAACUCUUCUAAAAUGGAUGCUGAUCUGAGACCCUUUAAAAACAAGCAGAAGGAAAGAGUAAGGAAAGAAGGGGAACUCAGGAGAAAAGGAGAUUCUUCCAGUAGCCAGCAUGAUUCAAGUCAUACUGUUUCAGAUGUGAAAGUGUCAGAUGUCAACUGUAGGAGGGAACAUCUCACAAUCAAAGUGGACAUGAAGAAAACGGUGAACAGGUACAGGUCUGCUUCUAGUCAUACUGCAGACAGACAGAUGUCACAUGAUCUGGUUGCUGUCGGCAGGAAAAAUGAAAACUUUCAUCCGGUGUUCGAGCACAUGGAAUCUGUAGCACGAGGUGUUGAGAGCGACCCGUCGCGAGAAUUUACUCAGGAAAUAAUCACAAUUAUCCAUCAAAUUAAAGCAAAUUAUUUUACAUCAUCCGACAUAACUCUGCAUGAACGGUUCUCAAAAAUCCAGGAUAAACCAAUUCCAAAUAUGAAUGAAGUUAAAAGAAGUUUGGAUCCAGAAAUUCACAGGAGGAUUGACAUGUCUUUAGCAGAACUUCAGAACAAACGAACUGUCCCAUCAGAAUCUCCUCAGCUACUCUUACAUGCUUUGAAGACCACUAGCAAUUCUGUUUUAAAAGGAAUGCACGUGACUGUAUUUACAGAUAUAAAACGUACUUCCAUUACUGUGAACAUCAUAAGAGUUUUAGAAGAUCCAAAUGAUCUACGGCAUGAUAUAGAAAGGAGAAGAAAAGAGAGACUGAAGAAUGAAGAUGAGAGAGCAUUUCAUACAGAUGGUACAGCUCCAAGGAAUCAGCAAAGCUGCAGUUUUUCAAGAUUACAGAACUCUCAACUUGAUGGCUUCCAAAAGCCCAUGAGGUUCAUUAAGCCACCUUUCAGGAAAUUUAUUGGGAAGCCUCACCUGAAUUCUUACUAUUCUUCAAGAACAAAUGAUACUUUCCCGCAUAGACAUGUUAGAGGACGCCUUGAGAACACAGGUCCCAUCAGGAGACACUUUAAGAGCAACUUUGCAGAUGGCCGUUUGCAAUCCCAUUAUAAAUCAGGCUUAGUACAGAAGGGUUUAUAUAUUCAAGCUAAGUACCAGCGGUUACGUUCUGUUGGUGUAAGGGGGUUUACCACUAAUAAAUACAGAGAUGGAUUUCUGAGGAAAGAAAAGGGAAAUUUAAAUGUUGGGACAGAAACCUGAACUAAGCUCUGAUCCUGAAGUUGAAACGUGAAACACAGAAAAGGGAACAUCUGUUCACUUUUUUGACAACUUUGUCCAGACCUAAAUUGGGAUAAAGGAACUAACCCUGUAACUUUCUUGAUUAAAAAAUAACUUUAUUUUUCGGUAGGAGAAUGCUGCAGAACUUUUUUACGGUUUUCAUAAUUGCUUUUAAACUACAGUAUUCAAUGGAAAUGUUGUAGUAUGUACCUUUAGUUCCUUUUGCAUACCGGUCUCGAGUAAAGAAGUCACUGAAGGGAGUCUUAUUUAUUGAUUACUUUUUCUCCAAGCAUGAUGUUACAGAUGGAACUUGAGUUGUUAUACCCAGAGGUUUAUAUGUUCAAAGUUUAUUGCUUAUGUAAUAAAAAAGGAAAACAAACAAAAAAAAAAAGUGCCUGAAUUGUUUGGUAAUAGCACAUAGCUCAGGAUUAGCCAAGAAAGAAAUGACCUGGUAGGUUGCGCAAUAGAUCUUACACCUCUGUUCAGUCCUUUCCAUAAAACAAUAUUCUGUAUUACUUCAUUGGAGUUUCAUAAUAUUCUUGGGUUUCUGAGAUGUAUAUAGAUUUGUGAAGUGUUAAGACUGCUGAGACAAUUUUUGGUAUUUGAUGAACAUGAAUGGCAGCAGGCAGGUAUGCAGUGUUCUGUAGCAGUAGUUUGUAACUGCACUGAAGGCAUGCUUGGGUUUGUUAUGGGGUUAGUUGGUCUGUAUUCAAAGUUACUGUCUCAUAGGUUUGUGGGUUUUUUUUUAUGUAUGGCAUUCUUGACGAAGCCAUGUGUUCUUUCAUCUUGUCAUAAAUGAUUUGGUGGCUUCUUGAAUUCUGAAAUUGGGGCCUGAAGUGUUUAGUUGCAAGGGAAAAAAAAAAAACCAACAAAACAAGAAAUGUAAGUUUUUUAUAAGCAUGUAUUUUAACAAAGCUGUUCAUAAUUGAAACUGCUUUAAAUGCAGAUAGCUUGUAACUUUGUUCAAAAUCCCAGUAAUUCUCCAAAGCUUACGGUGCUUCAGAGGAGAACGUAUUGUUAUGCUGUAUGCAGAAUUUAAAUAGCUCGACAUGUUUUUCAGCAGCUAUAAACAAUAUUGUGCUUAUUUCCUGUUUAUAGCUUUGCCUUAAUAUAAUAUAUAUAGUAGGGUUGUGUCUAUGUAUUACAGAUUUCUUCACUUUUUUAUUACAGGUAAAUUGAAGAUGUGUAAGAAGUAGUUUUCAGAUAACGUCCUUAUUUGUUUUAAGGAAACAUUUUUCCAUAAUUUCUGGGACAGUGUUAGCUGUAGGGAAUGCAGGCUAGGCUCUAUGAUGGAUAACAGAUCAGAAUUCUGAUCGUGGGUAGGAGUAGGUUCAGAGAAAAGGAUAUUUGUCUUUUGGUGGAAAGUCAGGAUGUGACUUUUUUUUUCUUUGCAUGAUUUCUUUGUUGUGGGUUUUUUUGUUUGUUUGUUUGUUUUUUUCCACAGUGCUUCCAGUAGAGGAGUUAUUUGUUGGAAGCAUAGGUAAUGGCUCAGAGCAGCUAAAAUAGUGUCACUUAAUCUUAAGUCAUGGGAUGUACUGCUUAGUGUUCAUAGAAAAUAAGUAGGCGGGAAGUGUGCCAGAUUCAUUGAUGCUAUGGUGAUUCAACAACAACACCAGAUGGUAUAAGUUUCUAAAACUCCAGUUUUCAGUUGAAAUAAUUAUUAAGUGAUUCAACUAGUAUUUAAGUAACUUUCUGACAUACAAAUUCAAAAUGGGAAGUUAAAGGAAAAGAAUUUCUUGAUCUGCAGGAAGUUAGCUGCUUCCGUUUGAUCGGAAAUACUUGUGAUGCUGUCGCUGAUGAACCCAACUAUAAAAUCAUCCUGUGUGGAUUUACCAGCAAGUGGAAAUUGAAGCAACAGAUUGAGCCAACCCAAAGCAAAUAAGGAGUCGCCGUGUUCGUUAAGCAGCCCAGUGUCGGGAAGUGCUGUGUGUACCACUGCAGAUGGGUGCAGGUUCACCCUGAAGCCAACAAGUUUUUCCACGCUGCUCCUGAACACGUUAAGCACUGUAAAACGCAGGUGAAACCAUACAUGAUACAAGACAAACUACUGAAGCUAUCAUGUCUUACUUUGCAGGAUACUACUGUUUCUGUGAGCUUCCUUUUUUGUUCUUCCUAAAGCCUGGAAGAGAGUUUGUUGUUGAGCCCAAUGGGAGAAGUGGAUAUGUGAAGAAACUUGUGGCAUGUCAGUUUUGCUAAGGUUGUCUAGAAAUAAUGCUGAAGUAGUCAGACUUCAGCCAGUUAAUGCUGCUUUCAUUUUUUAUUUUUAUAUGAAAACCAGGUUUAAGAGUGCAAAUGCCUCCAGUUUUGUGCUUUAUUUUACUUGUGCACAACUAGUUUUAGUACUUUGUGUCUAGUUUCUUCAAUAUAGGUUGUUGUUUCUGUAACUGUAAGCAACGUAUUACCAUAUGAUAUCUGAUUAUUAUUUCUGUAACUGUAAGCAACAUAUUACCAAUGUGGUAUCUUUUAAUAUGUUUACUGAUUUUUAUUUUAUUCACCUCAUCCCCACGUUGGUCCCGAGAUGAAUGUCAUAUGAUGAAAUGUAGUUCCUGUUUCAGUUGCUUUAGCUUUUUUGUGAGGAGCUUCCAUCUGCUGAAAUCACAUUCUUUACCAGUAACUUUGCUUUACUAAUCAGAUUUGUACAGAAAUUUAAUUCAGCGAUUGAAUUAGGUGCUAGAGGGAACCUCACUGUCUGGUCUGCAACUUACUGUGCUUUGAAUCUUUAGCUGGAGACUUACGUCUGUAUGCAAACACGAGUAAUUGGCUCAUUUUUUCUUUCAGCACAGGAAAGUUCUGUUGUACUGACAGAAUGGUUAGUUGAGAAUAAUAUAUUGAAAUUACUGAUUGGUUUGUGAGAGGGCUCAAGUUGAGAAAACGAGUGUUAAGAAGAAGGUCAGUUUACUUGAAUAAUUUGGUGCCUUUCUAUAUUGUGACUACAUUGUAGAAAAUGCCCUCUGUACAAAGACUUAAAUAAUGUUCUGAUUAUUGCAUUAUUUCUAAUAUGAGCAUGGACUGAGUAGAGUUGUUAAUGUAACCGCUUACUUUUAACUAUGUGAGUAAUCCUCUGCUCCAAAGGAAAAAUGUUCCUUGUAUUAGUGAAGCUGCUCACUGCAUUUGCAUUGGAAAGGCAAGUCAAGAAUAUGAUUGUCUAAGAGCUAGUUAGCUUUGUUUUAUAAAUGUGAAUUGCCUUUCUGUUAGUUGACUUGAAAUGACCGCUGAAUGCUUGUCACGUUCUCAGUUGUUCACAUGUGAAAUGUUUUUUUUUCUUUUCAUGGCUAUCCAAAAUACAGUCAUUGAACAUGAUUAGUCUUCCUUAUAAGUGUCGUAAGUUGUGAAUUUAGUGUUAAUGCUGCUGAUCAGUUUAAUCUCUAUAUUGAUUGAUUGGGUUAAAUCCUCAUUUUAUAAUUCUUAGCUUAUAUGUGGUGAUCAAGUCAAGAAAAUUCUGGGGCUAGUAAACAACACAUCAUGAAGUAUGUAUAAGUCUGCCUUAACUCUAAUAAUGACUUAAAUGAUUCAUAUCACCUUAUCUGAUGCAUUUAGGUGGUCCUGAGACCUCAAUGUGAUUGUCUCGGCUCAAGUACCCAAUUGCAGGAGGUGGGAGCAAAUUCAGCUGAUAGCCAGUUGUGAUAAUAGCUUACCUGCUGCUUUCUCUCACAGGGCCUUGGGGUGAAAUGCUGAUUUUUCUUUGUGUGAACUUCCUUUAAGAGCAAAAUAAAUUUUAAAAAAAUCACAUUUCUGGGCAUUAUGGAACUCUGGGUUUUCAAAAGAUGAUUGUUUGUUGUGUUUCAGAAGGUCUUUCUCUGCCAUGUCUAGGAAAUUGAUAGUGAAAAUUGGUUGGAGAAGAUGAUUAAAGAUUUUAGCAAAGAUUAAGCUAUGGAGAUCUGAUUUCUCAGCCUUCUCACUUUCAGAAGACUUGUAAGCAGAGGGAGAUUCUUCAACUUCCUUUACUGAAGAAAUCUUUUCCCAUACACUUCAGAAAUAUGCCUCUUGCUUUUCUUCAGGCAUCUGACCAGCCACCUCUACAGGAGGGUUCUCUAAAAGAAAGGCUUCAGGCUUGCAUCCUAAUGAAUCCGCAAGAACUGGAUGUUUCUCUACAAAUCUGGCCCUUGACAGACUUCAUUCCACUGCGGCAGGGUUUGAAGAUCAGAGUUUCAUUUUACAGGAGGGAGGGGAAGGAAAUAAAAGCCAUUUCAGGGUUGUUGUAAGCCUACUUGUAACACUUAACUCCUUUGUAGAUAGGGAGGAUGGUAGUGAACGUUUAAAUGUGUUCUAUUUUAAGCUUGGUGAACGUAUUUUUUCAGCUGAGAUCUGAGACUACUAUUGUUGCGAUACCUGCCCCCUCCUUGUCCUUUCUUUGCCUUGAUGUUGUUUUGGUAGAGGGCGUUCUCAGUAGGUAUUUAGCCCUGUGGUUUAAUAGUUUUAUGCUGCCUGCCACUUUAAUAUGGUUUUCCUCUGUUCGCUGCUCUAAAUUUUGUCAAAGUCUCACAUCUUUUUAAUAUUUCAUUUUCUGUAAAUAAUGUAGUAGAUGGCUUUUAUUUUGUGACUGGCUCCUUGUGUUUUUGUUGUUGAAGGAAGAGAUAGAGGGGAAGCAGUUGUUUUUGGUUCACUUUUCAUGGAAUAAAAAAAAAACCACCGUAUUGAAUAUUUUAAGAAUAGCAGGGCUAGUUAUUUUCCUUUUUUAGCAACUGAAUGAGAAUGUGGACUAAUGCCCAUUUCUAAGGAAUAUAUUCAAGUUCACUGUAUUUAUACUGUAGUUCUCUCCUCCAUUAGGGCCUUCUAAUGAGUGUAUGUGUGUGUGUGUAUACAUAUGCACAAAUAGUAUGAUCAGAAACCUUUAAUGGAAUCAUUCGUAAGUGUGGAUUUAAAAGAAGAAAAAAAAUAACCUUUUAAAACUAUUAAACUACUGAAGAUGGAAUUAAAUGCAAAAGCAUUUUGUGUGUAGUCUCUGGAGUCCACAACGGUGCUUCUGACAAUGUUAUUCCAUACCUAGAUCUCAUGUUCAUAAGUACAUAUUAAGAUGUAGGUAUGUUUAUAUGUAUGUUUAAUAUAGUUUCUAUAAAAUCAAUGUAAAUUUUGUUUCUACUGACAAUAAAUGUUGUAACAAAA